AUGGCUGAAGAUGAUGCGGAGAAGGCCUUUUUCCAGGCUCAGGCCAUGAGCGCGGAUUCUGUGAGCUUUGAUGGUCCAGUCGAAGGACAUGGUGCCGAACACUCGGAUUCAGAAGACUAUGAUCCCUCAAAAGCAUUGCAAGAUCAACUCUCCGCGUCUGUAUCAGAAUCCAAGCAAAGUGACACGCAAGAUCCCUCCACAGUCAAUGUAUCCUCUGCUUCACACCCUACAACAGAUUCUUCCCUGCCCCCCGAUAUGGAACAGACCCAUCAGCACACAGACACAAACCCUUCCCAGACCCCUUCCAGAACCGAUUCGAGAGCUUCAGCAUCCAUCCCUUCAUCCGCUGUUCAUGUACAACCGAAGACCAAAACCUUGGGCGGCUUUGUUGUUGAGGAUGAUGAGGAAGAAGAGGAAGACAAGGAAGAAGCAGAGUAUGAGCCACCUGCUGUGCUAGGAGGUGUUGAAGACGUUGGACCUGUGUCUGCAAGCAUGUCUGAGCGUCCCAUCUCUGAAAAUGCAAAUGAAACUGUUUCUACCUCUGGUGUAUCAAUACAACCCCCUGCGCCAGACAUGGCCAGCUCCAAAGAUGUUUCUAAUAACUCUUCUUCCCUUCCCACAUCUGUCACUCCACAAAAUGGUGGCUCUUUUGCCCCUGGUCAAAAUAUGUACAAUGUACAAGCUGGAGACGUUACUGAUAGCCAUGCAUCGACCCCAACUACCGCUGUCCCGUCAGCUUCUAGAGGCCGACUGCCUCAUGAUCGUGUUGGGAUAUUGGAGGAUAGAAUCAAAGAAGAUCCCCGUGGUGAUAUGGACGCGUGGCUGGAGCUCAUCAAUGAGCACCGGAGCCGAAACAGAAUCGACAUGGCUCGAGAUGUCUAUGAACGAUUCUUCAAAGUCUUUCCUUCAGCUGCUGAGCAGUGGGUGGCAUAUGUGAAUAUGGAAUCUGAAAAUAAUGAGCUUUAUCGUCUUGAACAGAUCUUCAAUAGGACUCUUCUGAAUAUCCCUAACGUGCAACUGUGGACGGUGUAUCUCGACUACGUCCGUCGACGGAAUCCUCUGACAACGGAUACGACAGGCCAGGCAAGGCGAAUCAUCUCCGCGGCGUAUGACUUAGCACUUCAGCAUGUCGGAAUGGACAAAGAUUCUGCGUCUAUCUGGACCGACUAUGUUCAGUUUAUUCGCUCCGGACCCGGUAAUAUCGGCGGUUCAAAUUGGCAAGAUCAGCAGAAGAUGGAUCUGUUGCGGAAAGCAUACCAGAGAGCCAUUUGCGUCCCUACCCACGCUGUUAACACAUUGUGGAAGGAGUACGACCAAUUCGAGAUGGGCCUGAAUAAACUUACGAACAUCACGCGAGACCUUAAUAGAACCACUCUACCACGGUUGCCUCCGGCACCAGGCUCUGAGGGAGACGUGGAAUUCAACAAACAAGUCGAAAUAUGGAGACGAUGGAUUAACUGGGAAAAGGGCGAUCCAUUAGUCCUGAAGGACGAAGAUCCUGCCAGCUACAAGGCUCGAGUGGUGUAUGUCUACAAGCAAGCGUUGAUGGCCUUGAGGUUUGUACCGGAAAUAUGGUUCGAGGCCGCAGAAUUCUGUUUCCAGAAUAAUAUGGAAACGGAAGGCAAUGACUUCUUGAAGCAAGGGAUAGAAGCCAAUCCAGAGAGCUGUCUACUUGCCUUCAAACGCGCUGAUCGGUUGGAACUCACCACUGAAUCCGAGCAGGAUCCCAGGAAACGCGGAGCGAAAGUCAGGGAACCUUACGACAGACUAUUGGAUGCACUGUACGACCUAAUCGCAAAAGCUCGCGCCCGCGAAGCACAAGACGUCGCCCGUAUCGAGGAGACCUUUGCAAGUGCUCAGGCGGAGAAUCCACCCGUUAACGAGGAUGAGGAUGAUGAUGAACGUGGAAGCGAGGCUAAAGCGAAGGAGGCUGCGAAGAAGAGCCAAAUCGAUGCGAUCCGGAAUGCACAUGCUGCCCAGAUCGGGAUUCUGUCGAAAACUAUCUCAUUUGCAUGGAUCGCCUUGAUGCGUGCAAUGCGUCGAAUUCAGGGAAAGGGCAAACCUGGAGAGUUGGCCGGCUUCCGGCAGGUCUUUGCUGACGCUCGCAAGCGUGGUCGCAUUACCAGCGACGUCUACAUAGCGAGUGCCCUGAUCGAGUAUCAUUGCUACAAGGAUCCCGCAGCUACAAAGAUUUUUGAGCGUGGUGCGAAACUGUUCCCAGAGGACGAGAACUUUGCUCUUGAAUAUCUAAAACACCUAAUUGACAUCAACGACGUCACCAAUGCCAGAGCCGUAUUUGAAAUGACUGUCAGGAGACUGGCGUCAAAUCCGGAUAAUGUACACAAGGCCAAACCUAUCUUUGCUUUUAUGCACGAAUACGAGUCCCGAUAUGGGGAUCUGGUCCAAGUUAUCAAUCUUGAAAACCGUAUGCGUGAACUUUUCCCUGAUGAUCCCACGCUGUCACAAUUUGCGCAUCGCUAUUCAUCACCAAGCUUUGAUCCUACGGCUGUGCGACCGAUAAUAUCGCCGACUCAAGCCAGGCCGAAAUCCGUAGCUCCAGCCGAGGAAGCGAGAUCGGUUCAGGGAACACCUACUCAGCGGUACCUUGAUGCGCCGUCGACAAAUUCGCCCAAGCGGCCAUACCCUCUAGAUGACUUCGAUGAUGACGAUGCAAAUCGACCUCGCAAGUUCGCCCGUGCAGAAUCUCCUCUCAAGAACGUUGCAUCGCGGCGGGUAGACCAACAGAAACGGACCCAGCAGAUAAACGGCGGUGGAACGGCUGGAGGACAGCCGAAACCGCAACCGUCAGCGGCUCCUUUGCCACGCGAAGUGGUUCAGCUUUUGAGCAUCAUUCCACCGGCGUCUGCCUACAACGCCGGUAGAUUUUCGCCGGAGAAGCUGGUGGAUUUGAUUCGCAGAAUAGACAUACCUUCGUCAAUAUCACAAAUCCGACCACCACAGCCGAUGCAGGGCCUAGGCCUGGGCCACAUGUCGACUAUGGGGACACAGCCAUAUACUGUUGAUAUCAAUGGCACAUGCAUUUUCAUUCGCCUGACUGUGGCUACCCUACAGGUCUCUGAUCGUUUAGUCGCUGGUCAAUGGUAG